AUGCCGCUGCGUUCGCACCAUUCCACUGACCUCCAUACCUCUCUCUCUCUCUUUUUUUUAUAUAUAAUUCUAGGCUAUAGCGCAGCAAUGGCGCCCACGCCGCCCACAACGACGACAACAACAAUCUCGCCCUCGAAUCUGCUGCCCUACUUCGACUUUGAUGUGCCGCGCAACUUGACCGUAACCGUCGGCCAGACCGGCUUCCUUCACUGCCGCGUGGAGCGACUCGGCGAUAAGGAUGUCUCCUGGAUACGCAAACGUGAUCUGCAUAUCCUCACCGCCGGCGGCACCACCUACACAUCCGAUCAGCGUUUUCAGGUUCUGCGACCCGAUGGCUCCGCCAAUUGGACACUGCAAAUCAAGUAUCCACAGCCACGUGACUCUGGUGUCUACGAGUGCCAAAUCAACACGGAGCCGAAGAUGUCCCUGUCGUACACUUUCAACGUUGUCGAACUCAAAGCGGAAAUCUUCGGGCCCAGCGAUCUGAUGGUGAAAACUGGCAGCGACAUUAACCUAACAUGUAAAAUUAUGCAGGGACCCCACGAGUUGGGCAACAUAUUCUGGUACAAAGGCAGCGAAAUGCUCGAUGGGAAGAACGAGAACGAAAUCGACAGCUCCAUGGCCCGGAUUCGCGUCGAGGAUGAUUGGACUGACGGCCUGACUUCGAGAUUAAAAAUCAAGCGCGCCAUGCCCGGCGAUACUGGCAACUACACCUGUGUGCCCACGGUGGCAAAAACCUCGAGCGUCUAUGUGCACGUAAUUAUUGGCGAACAUCCGGCGGCCAUGCAACACAAUUCGAGCAGCAACAGCAACAGCUUCUACUGCGGCAUCUGCUGCAUGCUGCUGAGCAUUGUGUCCUGCUGCCUGCAGCACUUCUACGAGGCUGGGUGUGGAUAUAUCCAUGCUGCGGCAGCGGUGGCAAAAACGGCGGGACUGCGGCCCCCGAAGCGAACAUCGCUAACGACCAGAGAAACAGGAGUAAAUGCAACAGCAGCAGCAGCAACAACAGCAACUGCAGCUGCAACAUCUACAUCAGCAACGUGCAACAUGUUGAGUGAACGCCCAGCGGCAAUUCGGUGUCUGAGAUGAAGGAAUAAUCAACACGCACUGGAACACUAAAAAGGCAAAAGCACACACACACACCCGCACACUAUACACUCACACACACCCACACAUACACAUAUUCAAGGUGAUUUAAGUUUUCUAUGUAUCGCAUGGGGGGUUCAAAAAUAAGUAUUUACUAAUUUGUAAGAUGAAUGCACUUAGUGGAAAGCAAACAUAUUAUCUGAUAAGCAAAGCAGUAAUUAACAAAGUCAAGAGUGGAUGUGUAAGCCCUUUAAAACAGCCCAAUGAAAACUCAUGCAUUUUCGUGGAAAAUUAUAAUCUAGUUAAAUGUUUUCAGGGUAGUCUGCAAGUAAGAGAUAUAAUACUUUAUUAUUUCUAUAAAUUUGAUAUCGAAAUAGGUGUUUAGUUUGUUAACUCUCCACACCACAUAAAGAUAACAUCACCUCUUUGAUUCUCAAACUGAAUUCUGGACUGCCUAAUAUCGACUAUAUAGAUUCAUGGAAAACUAAUCUCCUCACAAUGGCACGCCACAUCCAUAGCAAAGACUUCCACACCCCCUUCAUUAUGAAAUAAGACUUACUAGCUAUAAACAGCCCGAAUCACAACCAGAAAGAGAGUUCUUUGGAAUCACAAUAAACCCACUUCUAUGCAAUCUCUAACUGCCAACGAACUAGCACUCCAGUAGCCCAUUGCAUCAAGUUGUUGGAUUGAAAUUUGCUGUAAAUAAUUGCCAUUCAAGAGAGAGAAAUUUAUUGAAGAGUACUCAAGAGUUCGAACUAUUUGCAAACCCAGCCGAUUAAGAACAAAAGAUGGUUUUGUGUUCGAGUAGGGCUCCGGUUGCUUUGCACAUUUAUCAGUUCUAGUUCUAGUCAUUAGCUAUGGUUAAGUACGAUUAUGGAUGUAUGUAUAGCCGAUAAGUGGAUAAAUUACGAGGGCGGUUACUGGAUUUCAUCUGUCAGCACUUGAAAACUUUUGGGAUGAACUUGUUUUGUGUCUGACCCAAUUGUGGGCGAAGCUCGUUUAAUUGUAUAUAAUUAGUUUUUGGCUAGAAACAAAAAAAAAAAAAGAGAGAAUCGAAAAACAAAAAUGGGGGGGCAAUUUAUAAUUGUGCUUAUCGAUAUAAUUGAUACGAAUGCAAUGCGAAUGUGCAGGCACUGUAAAUAAAUUCAUUAGUAGACGAAAUUGUAAUUUUAAUUAACUCUUAAACGAUAUAAACAGAUAAAGCAGAUAAAACCGAUAAAUUCGAUUCGAAAUGCGAAAUGCGAAAGUUGCGAACCACCCCAGUUGGUAAGCCGCACACACUGAGGCAAAAUUGGCAUAGCUCACCCGCAAUGAAACUGAAUUAACUAAACAAAAACAACAACAAGAACACUAAACUAAACACCCUUUAAAAUAAUAGUAAAAGCUAGUUAAAUUUAAUAUGACCCAGAGCCCGCAUCUUGUAAAUAGAGUGAAUGGAUUAUUGCAUUAAUCAGGGCAAGCGAUUAACUAAGCUAAGUCCGUUGAGUGUCAAGUAUAAGAGUCGGAUCCAGAUUAAUAACAAGAAAUAACAAUAACGAAACCCUAGCGAAUACAUUAUGUACGAGUGUAUGUCAAUAUGUCACAGCAAAUGCAGCUAAAAGUAUAUACAUACAUAUAUAAACCAGGUACUCUCAAAUCAUUUAUAUGUGUGCGUAUCCUUAGGUACCCCACACAUGCAUAUACACACAGAUAGGAUUGUUUAAAGGCGACAUCUAACACACACACACACGGACACUGCAGGCGAGAGUUUUGUGAAAUGAAACGAAAUCGAUUCAAUAAA